UUUAUAAAACGGGUGCUACCAGCUAACAGAGUUUACGCAAUCAACCGACUGCAUUAUCAGUAUUGUGGAAAAUGGGCAUAGCCGAUGAGGCGGACAAGGCUCUAUUUGUUGGUAAUUUGGACCCUCAAGUAACAGAAGAACUUAUAUUCGAGUUGUUCUUACAGGCUGGGCCAUUGAUCAAAGUCAAAAUACCUAAAGACAACGAUGGAAAAUCAAAACAGUUUGCAUUUGUGAAUUUCAAGCAUGAAGACUCCGUGCCCUACGCCUUGACUUUGCUGAACGGAGUCCGGCUGUUUGGAAGGCAGCUCAACAUUAAAUUCAGAGCCGGCAGCAGUCAUAUUAAUCAAGAGGGCAAAAGUCCAGCAAACUCUCAAAAUCCAAGUCCAGCAAGUACACCAGGACACCGUGGUGGAAGAACCCCGGAGCAGAUGGGCUCUCCAUCCUACUCACCUCCACAGCAUCUGCAAAGGUCUUUCUCUUCACCUGACAGUCUGCAGAGACAGGCAAUGAUGAACAGCAUGUGGCAACUUCAGAUGCAACAGCAACAGAUUCAGCAGUUGCAUCAGUUGAGCAUGCAGCAGCAGCAGCAGCAGCAGCAGCAGCAGCAGCUAAGGGGUGGUAGAGUAGGUGGAGACAGUAACCACUUGCAACAGGAUUGGUCUGCCCAGCGUGGUCAUCGCCACUCCCACCAGGACAAUAAUAUCCAUCAUGGCAGAGAUCAACGGCACAGCAAUAGUGGGAGCAACCACGACCGCCAUCGACAUGAUAGCCAGCGGGGUGACUUCUAUCACCAUGAUGACCGUAGUGGAGAACGCAAUCGAAAUAACACUCCCGAAAGGCGUAGAGACUCCAGAGACGGCUCUAGAGACGGACGAUGGAAGCCGUUUUAAAAAAAUAACUAGUGGAUUUUAGAUCUCUUUUAUUUUAAUUAUUUUUAUUAACUUUUUUUUAAAUUACAUUUUGGAUUAUUGCAUCCAUCCUUACGGACCUCAGUUAACAAAAAAAAUAAUUUUGCUGUACAACUUUGUGGGGAAAAAAAAAUCAUCAUUUGUCAAAAAGAGGUUAAACAGUUUAUAUCUAGAAGAGAAAUGCUUUGCAGAGAUCUAGAACGAAUAAGUGGCCAUGUUGUGUGCUGGCCUAUUAUAUUUUGAUCUCAGUGGGGCACUUGAGUUUGUGUAUUUUUGUAUUUCCUUAUUAGGAAAUAUUUCUUUUAUUAUGCCAGAAUAGAUCUAGUAUCUCAAAAGUAAAAGUGAUAUGGUAGAAGUUAAUGUAGAUAAAUGAUUUCCAUUUGUAAUGUCUCAGGAAUAGUAAAUAGUUUAAAAAAAAAAAAAAUAGUAAAAUAGUUUGUAGGUCAGUUUCUGUCUUCAUAUAAUGCUUAUUGGUGAUUGUUUUAUUUUACUCCCUUUUUUAAUUUUACUCAGGAAGACAUUUUUUAACAAUCGAACUCAUGACAGUCUCUGAAAAUCUUGGAACAAUAACUACUUUUAAAUCUUUUGUAAAUACAGAAGCAUUUUUUUAUUGCCAAGUGCAACGCUCUGAUUUUCAUAAAAAUCACAGUUUAAGGAUCUCUUGCUCUCAUAAAUGAAUUUUUCAUUGAGUUCUCGUAUUCUGGUAAAGUGAUUUACAUGCAUACAUGUGUUUUUGGUAAUGCAACAUUUAUUUUAAUUUGUAAUCCAUCAUCUUAAAGUCUCACAUAGGGAUUUUAGUAAUCACUAGGUGGCGCCAAACAUUAUAAUAAUGCGUAUUAAACAUAGUGU